GGACUGAAGGAUGCGGCCCUGGGCAGGUUCAUGGCGCUGGAUCACUCUGGUGCUGCUGGCCUGGGGCACACUGCUCUUCUACAUCGGGGGCCACCUGGUGAGGGACAGUGAGCACCCGGAGCGCUCAAGUCGAGAGCUCUCCAAGAUCCUGGCCAAGCUGGAGAGGCUGAAGCAGCAGAACGAGGACCUGCGGCGCAUGGCUGAGUCCCUCAGGAUACCCGAGGGCCAGGUGGACGUGGGCCCCAUGGCUGUGGGAAGACUACGCUCCCUGGAGGAACAGCUGACCAGAGCCAAGCAGAAAAUUCACAGUUUCCAGACGCUGACUGGAGAUGGCCCAGGCCCUUCCCAGGAGGAGCUGAGGAGGAGGGUGGAGAACGGCGUGAAGGAAAUCUGGUAUUUUGUGCGCAGUGAAGUGAAGAAGCUGGCUCAUGUGGAGUCGGGCGAGAGGCAACAUUACACUGACACCCUGCUGCAAGACCUGGGACACCAGCAGAGGUCCAUCAUGACAGACUUGUACUACCUCAGCCAGGUUGAUGGAGUGGGAGAGUGGAGAGAAAAGGAGGCCAAGGACCUCUCUGCUUUGGUCCAGAACAGAAUUACCUACCUACAGAAUCCGACAGACUGCAGCAAGGCCCGGAAGCUGGUGUGUAACAUUAAUAAGGGGUGUGGCUAUGGCUGCCAGCUGCACCAUGUGGUCUACUGCUUCAUGAUUGCCUACGGAACGCAGCGAACACUCAUCUUGGAGUCACACAACUGGCGCUACGCCACCGGGGGCUGGGAGACGGUCUUCCACCCCGUCAGCAACUCCUGCACAGAUCGCACCGGAGCCACCACAGGACACUGGUCAGGUGAGGCCCACGAUAAGGAUGUACAGGUAGUAGAGCUACCCAUCGUGGACAGUCUCCACCCCCGUCCUCCCUACCUACCCCUGGCCAUCCCUGAGGACCUGGCCCAGCGACUCCAUCGUCUCCACGGCGAUCCUUCCGUCUGGUGGGUGUCUCAGUUUGUCAAGUACCUGGUCCGGCCGCAGGCCUGGCUGGAGGCAGAGAUCCAACAGGCCACAGCCAAGCUGGGCUUCAAACAUCCCAUCAUAGGAGUUCAUGUAAGGCGAACAGACAAGGUAGGGACAGAAGCAGCGUUCCACCCAAUAGAGGAGUACAUGGUUCAUGUAGAGGAGCAGUUCCAGCACUUGGCUCGCCGCGUUCACGUGGACAAGAAGAGAGUCUACCUAGCAACAGACGACCCUUCACUACUCCAAGAGGCCAAGAAUAAGUAUCCAGACUAUGAGUUCAUCAGUGACAACUCCAUCUCGUGGUCUGCCGGUCUACACAACCGCUACACAGAAAACUCCCUGAGAGGAGUCAUCCUGGACAUUCACUUCCUGUCCCAGACUGACUUCCUGGUCUGUACUUUCUCCUCACAGGUGUGUCGUGUGGCCUAUGAGAUCAUGCAAACCCUCCAUCCUGAUGCCUCAUCCUUCUUUCAUUCGUUGGAUGACAUCUACUAUUUUGGAGGUCAGAACGCCCACAACCAGAUUGCCAUCUACCCCCACCAGCCCCGCAACACGGAGGACAUCCCCCUAGAGCCUGGCGACAUCAUUGGAGUAGCAGGCAACCACUGGGAUGGCUACUCUAAGGGGGUCAACCGCAAACUGGGCCGCACUGGCCUCUACCCGUCCUACAAAGUGAGAGAGAAAAUCGAGACCGUAAAAUAUCCCACGUACCCAGAGGCAGACAAGCUGCUCAACUCUCAAAGAAAGUAAAGAGAGAGGGAGCAAUAAAGAUAAAGACUCAGAACCAGAGAUGAGGCUACAUUAUGUACUUCACAGAGAACAUACUGUAUGUACUGAAACUGUGAGAAAGGAGAAAAGCUUGGACCUAAGGGUGAACAGGAAGCACUAAGCGAAUGCGUGCGUGCGUACUCGCAUGCUCUUGUGUGUGUGUGUGUGUGUAUCAGGUUCUGGAACCUUGCACCCACCAUUUUCUUGGCCCAAUGCGCAAAGUUUGGUGAUGUAGAGAUGUAGAAAUUAAGAUUGAUUUCAAACAAGAAAGAAAACAAUUAAAGCUUUGUAAUGGCCAAAGCAGCGCUCUCCCAAGGUGGACUGGGAACAGAGACUAGCAACCUGCAGCAAGCACUGGAUCAAUAGCUGAAAAACUAUUAUAAACUGGGAGAAAAAGGUUUUAAUUUUUAUUUAAUUAUUUUUGGUGGUUUUGAUUCUAAUCUUGCCUUUUUCUUUAUUGUUUUAUUGAAUGUACUGUAUCCUCCUCUUUGCCAUGCUCACUGCUUUCAUUCCUUAUGCCACCCAGACUCACUGUCCCUUAUCUUGUCUUAUGUGCGAUUAAUUGUUUACUACCAUACCGUGCUUUUAAAACGUAUUUUUAAUUGUCUUAGUUUCAUAUGAGGGGUUUGUGCAUUGUAAACUGUAGGAUAUGUGUGUAUGUAAGAUACCAUUCUAAAUGUGUCUGUGUGAAUGAGUGUGAUUUAUAAGGCUAAGAUGGUGCCUGUCAUUGACGGCGAGUGGUGUUUUAUGGCCACUGGUCUGAAUGGUGUUGUUGUACCCACAAUGACACUGGUGGUGCCAGUUGGACCGUCCUCUGCAGGCACUUAAGAAUUGUGAGUUUAGUCAUCAAUGGUGAAUUGUAGCAUACAAUGGUGAAUUACAAUGGGGGCUGCAAAGAGCUAAUGGUGCACACAAGAGCCCUUUAAAGGCACACCAAACAAAGCACUCCACUGAGCUUAUGUCCUUUUGACAUCUUCUAUUCUGUCCAUCUGUUUGUUUGUUGUUUUUGUUUUGACUUUUAACAUUGUGAGGAAAAAAGAGAUACCAAUGUUGAAGUUGAUAAUACCAUGUUUAUGUCCGUCAAUCACAGAAAUUUUUCUUAACUUAUGUUCCUGAGCAUUGUCUUUGACAACCACACAUUGAAUAAACUUGAGAAGC